GAAGUUUUCUUCAGAUAGUGCGAUUGGGGGUUCAGCCAGGGAAAGACACCCAAGAAAAAAACGUGGGCCAGAUCAGCGUCGCCUGGUGUUUUCAUAAGCUCGUACAUCUUCCAUCCAAGAAGCACCUGCUGUGUGUCUGGUGGCACCCGCCCCGUGGUCAGAGCCCGGAGCAUCUGACUCCGGGACUCCACACGCCCCUCGCAGACGCCCGGCGUGGGUCACCCACGAGGUGGUGAGGCAAGGUUUUCUUGUAAUGUACCAAGUCUUGCCAAAGCGGCGAGCGGCGUGAUGACAUUCGGUUGUGUCACCGCUGGCUCGGGCUCGGGACAGCGCCAGCCAAAUCCAGCCCGUCCUCUCUGUGUUGAUUCCCACUUCUCCCAAAGAUUUGGAAACGGGCGUCUUGACUCACAGGCGGAGCCGCGGAGGCUCUGUUCCUUUAACGGGAUCGAUCUUUUGCAAGAAAGGGACCACACAAGCGCGAAUGAGAGCAAAUCCCGGUCCCCGCGGCGAUGGGUGAGACGCCGGGAGAUUCUCCUGUGGACCCGGAGGGCCACUGCUUCGCCGACACCCUGCCUGUCGCCGCCACGCAAGAAGCCGCCAUGGUCGACACGGAGAUGCCCUUCUGGCCCACCAGUUUCGGCCUGGGCUCGGUGGACCUGGCGGUGAUGGACGAGCACCCCCACGCCUUCGACAUCAAGCCCUUCACCACCGUGGACUUCUCCAGCAUCUCCAACCCGCACUACGAAGACAUCCCGUUCGCCAGGGCCGAGCCGAUCCUCAAUACGGCGGAUUACAAAUACGACCUGAAGCUGCAAGAAUACCAAAGUAUGCGGUUCAUGUCCUCCCUUCAGCCCGCUGAGGCCGGAGGUGCCAUCAAGGUGGAGCCGGCCUCCCCGCCUUACUACUCGGAGAAGACGCAGCUCUACAACCGGCCCCACGAGGAGCCCUCCAGCUCCCUCAUGGCCAUCGAGUGCCGCGUGUGCGGGGACAAAGCGUCCGGCUUCCACUACGGGGUCCACGCCUGCGAGGGCUGCAAGGGCUUCUUCCGAAGGACUAUCCGAUUGAAGCUUAUUUAUGACAGGUGUGAUCUCAACUGUCGGAUCCACAAAAAAAGCAGAAAUAAAUGUCAGUACUGUCGGUUCCAGAAGUGCCUUGCUGUGGGGAUGUCACACAACGCCAUCAGGUUCGGGCGGAUGCCGCAGGCGGAGAAGGAGAAGCUGUUGGCGGAGAUCUCCAGCGACAUGGACCAGCUGAACCCGGAGUCGGCCGACCUCCGGCCUGGCCAAGCACUGUACGACUCCUACAUCAAGUCCUUCCCGCUGACCAAGGCCAAGGCGAGGGCCAUCCUGACCGGCAAGACCACGGACAAAUCACCCUACGUCAUCUACGACAUGAACUCCCUCAUGAUGGGGGAAGACAAGAUCAAGUUCAAGCUCAUCACCCCCCUGCAGGAGCCCAGCAAGGAGGUGGCCAUCCGCAUCUUCCAGGGCUCGCAGUUCCGCUCCGUGGAGGCCGUGCAGGAAAUCACCGAGUACGCCAAGAGCAUCCCCGGCUUCGUGACCCUGGACCUGAACGACCAAGUGACUCUGCUCAAAUACGGCGUCCACGAGAUCAUCUACACCAUGCUGGCCUCGCUGAUGAAUAAGGACGGCGUGCUCAUCUCCGAGGGCCAGGGCUUCAUGACCAGGGAGUUCCUCAAGAGCCUGCGCAAGCCCUUCGGUGACUUUAUGGAGCCCAAGUUCGAGUUCGCGGUGAAGUUCAAUGCACUGGAAUUAGACGACAGCGACUUGGCCAUCUUCAUCGCCGUCAUCAUCCUCAGCGGAGACCGCCCGGGCCUGCUGAACGUGAAGCCCAUCGAGGACCUCCAGGACAGCCUCCUGCAGGCCCUGGAGCUGCAGCUCAAGCUGAACCACCCCGAGUCCUCGCAGCUCUUCGCCAAGCUGCUGCAGAAGAUGACGGACCUCAGGCAGAUCGUCACGGAGCACGUGCAGCUGCUGCACGUGAUCAAGAAGACCGAGACCGACAUGAGCCUCCACCCGCUGCUGCAGGAAAUCUACAAGGACCUGUACUAGCCCCGGAGGAGCCGCGGGCUGCGGGGAGCCGGGCCGCGGCCCCCCCCCUCCACUUGCACUAUUAUCGCCAGCGAAAAAUCCAACACCUAAGAAAUUUACUGUGAAAAACAACCAAAAGCAUUAAAAAAAAAAGAAAGCAAAAGGUUUUAGAAUAUGAUCUAUUUUAUGCAUACUGUUUAUAAAGAUGCCUUUACAAUUUACUUUUAAUAUUAAAAAUGACCAUGCUAUGACGUU